GCACACCCUUUUUAAUUUCCCUUCGUACGGUCUACAGACAAAGCACCAAUGGGCAUUGGGCAAUGGCUAAUACCUUCACCACUACCUGACACCAUUAAUGGCUGCUUCUGAUCCCUGCACAAGAGGAAGUCCGCGACGACCAGCGAAUAAGCACCGUCAGCCACAGCGGCCAAGUGGGAGAUUUCGUUUCCAAGUCUGUAUUAGUAUUAGUAUUACUACUUCGACGUGUUCAACACUCAGAAACCAAGGAAUUCGAAUUUAGAUUUCAAUGGGAGGAGAGCUUAUGAAGGAAGGAAGGUCGUUGCCCGAAACUCCGACAUGGGCGGUCGCAACUGUCGUUACCCUCAUUGUUACUGUUGGGUUUAUGGUUCAACGCUCUUUGAAGAGAAUCGGAAAGUGGUUGAUUAGGACCAAGAGGAAAGCUCUUCUUGCUGCUCUAGAGAAGAUCAAGGAAGAGCUAAUGCUUUUUGGGCUUCUAUCGUUGCUGAUGGGUCACUGGACUAUAUGGGUAGCAAAGAUUUGUGUCAAACACACGGCCGCGAGCCGUCGGUUCUAUCCAUGUACAGAAGAGAGUUACUAUGGGAGAACAACCCAUUCGAAAUACAUGCUCAUUGCAACCGUCCACUCCUCCAACCAAUCGGUUUCUCAAGGGCUAACCCGGGUGCAUGAUUAUUGCCCUGAGGGCCAUGAACCUUUCGCUUCGUUUGAAAGUCUUGAACAGCUUCAUCGUUUUUUAUUCGUUCUUGGCGUAACUCAUGUUUCUUACAGCUUUAUCACUGUUGCAUUGGCUAUGCUUAAGAUCUAUAGCUGGAGGAAAUGGGAAAACCAGGCAAAGCUAAUGGCGAUUCAGGGUUUACAAGGUUCUUCAGAGGCUACUGUAAAGAAUGUGGGAAUUAGCAGGCUAUCUACUUUCAUUUUCCAUCAGACUUCCCAUCCAUGGAGCCAGCACAAAAUUCUUGUGUGGAUGCUUUGUUUCAGCCGUCAAUUUUGGAGUUCUAUAAACAGAGCUGACUAUAUGGCACUGCGAUUGGGCUUCAUUACUAAUCAUGAACUCCAUUUGUCCUAUGAUUUCCAUAAUUAUAUGGUGCGCAGUAUGGAGGAUGAAUUUUGUGAUAUUUUAGGAAUCAGUUUGCCUCUCUGGAUUUAUGCUAUAUUAUGCAUAUUCAUAGACUUCCAUGGAACUAAUGCCUACUUUUGGCUUUCUUUUGCUCCAGCUAUUCUGAUUCUACUCAUUGGUACAAAACUGCACCGUAUAGUUGUUAAGUUGGCUGUUGAGAUCAUGGACACAAAUCCAGUUAUGGGAAAUCAGUUUAACCUAAGAGAUGAACUCUUCUGGUUUGGGAAACCCAAGCUUCUGUUAUGGUUGAUACAAUUAAUUUCUUUCCAGAAUGCAUUUGAGAUGGCAACCUUUAUUUGGUCUCUGUGGGAGAUACAGGGACCCUCCUGUUUCAUGGAGAAUCUUGUGUUUCUUAUCAUCCGCCUGGUAUCUGGGGUCAUUUUUCAGUUUUGGUGUAGUUACAUCACAUUUCCACUAUAUGUUAUCAUUGCACAGAUGGGAACAAGAUUUAAAAAGUCCAUAGUUUCUGAAAAUAUCAGAAGAUCACUUCAUGGGUGGCGAAGGAGAGUGAAGUCCAGACUAAAUAAGUUUCCCGGUGGCCUUACCACUGCAACAUCAACCACCUCUUUGGAUUCAUUGGCGGAUGAGAGAGCUGAUAAUGACGAUUGCCCCCCAAUUUGCGUAGCAGGGACUUCAUCAAGAUUUGAAGAAAUAUUAAGCUACCCUCAACCAGUGGUCAUGGUGCAAGACCACCUUUCUGAACAAAACCCAAGUGACGGGGGUUCACCAGUUUCGCAUUGUUCUGGCCCCACCUAUGAUAUUUCUGAUCAUGAUCAUGAUGAUGACGGUGGUUGUGGUGGUGGUGGUGGUGAUGAUGAAAUAGAAUGCAUCAUGUCUUCCGCCACCUGAAUCCUUUAGGUAUAUACAGAACUUUCAUGUCAAUAGUUUCUCACUAACUCAGUUCUGUUCAAAUUUACACGCAGUAUUUUUGUAACUUGACCCAUUAACCAGGCCCUCCGCCCUCAGCGCUUGAUGUAGACAGGAAAUCAGUAGAAGAGGGGGUUUUUCUUUU